AUGAAAAAGAAGGGUUUAACUCCUGAUAAAGUGACAUACAACACAUUGAUCGAUGGAUACUGCAAAGAAGGUGAUAUGCAUGAAGCACUUACACUGCAUACUGAAAUGGUAUGGAAAGGACUUUCUCCAGAUGUUGUGACUCACACCGUUCUCAUUGAUAGACUAUGUAAAAAUGGCAGUGUGCAAAGAGAAAGCAAAUUUAUGAAUAAAAUGAAAGAAAGAUGGUUGAAUCCAGAUGCUUUUACAUAUACUGCUUUAAUUGACGGAUAUUGCAAGCAAGGAGAUAUGCAAAAGGCUCUUGAGAUUCAAAAGGAAAUGAUGGAUAAAGGAUUUGUUCCUUCUAUUGUGAUUUUUAAUUCUGUUAUCAAUGGAUUCUGUUUGGAAUGCAAUAUAAGGGUAGCACAGAAUGUUUUCAAUGACAUUUUAGAGAAGGGCUUGGUUCCUGACAUGGUAACUUAUAGUACGCUAAUUGAUGGGUAUUGCAAGGGAGGCAAUAUGCAAGAGGCAUUAAGUUUACUAGAUGAGCUUGUUGGAAAAGGCCUUGUUCUAGAUGUAAUUACCUACUCUUCUCUCAUUCAGGGUUUCUAUAAGGAAGGAAAACUAGAAGAUGCCUGCAUGUUAUUUGAAAAAAUGUUACUGAUGGGCUUGAAUCCUGAUCGGUUUACUUACACUACAUUGAUCAAUGGACACUGUAGAGAAGGAAACAUACAGAAGGCAUUUCAGUUACAUAAUGAAAUGAUACAGAAAGGCCUGUCACCAGAUGUAGUCAGUUACAGUGCACUCAUUCAUGGACUUCGUCAGCAAUCUAGGACAAAGGAAGCAAAUCGACUCUUGUUCAGAAUGAUGUAUGAUGAUCUGAUUCCUGAUGAAAUCACUUAUGAUACUUUGGAUUAUGCAUGA